AUGAAGCCUUUGAAGCUGUUCUGCGUAGGACUGUUGUGCCCUGUGCUUUGUUUCUUGUUAGAGACACCUACUCCUCCUUCAGCUUUACUUACCUUUGAAUUGAAAGAAAAAUCAGGAUUGAAAUCAGGUGCAAUGGGUGUAUUUGCUAUUAGGAUGAAUGUUCCUGACUUCGAAAGACAAAAGACUCAAGUCUCAGGACUCCAGAGGUCUUGGACAAGCAAGUUAAAGAAUCAUCUGUCAGAUUUCUUCAAGAGCUCCAUACCUCUAGCAGCCAUUUUUGCUUUUUUUGUCACCAUAGCACUAAUGGAGAUAGCCAUAGAGAAUAAAUGAUUUAAAGAGCCUCACAGACAGUGGACAAUGGACCAGAGAAUUCCUUCUAGAAUUCUGAAUCUGAACCUAAUAAAGGACCAAGAUCCCUGGUAUUGCAAGCAACCCCUGGGAGCACUGAGCAACAUACAGGAACAUGGAGUGACCAAUGGGGUGACUGGAACCGAGGCCCUGAUUGCACCACGAGGAGCAACCAUCUGA